AUGUGGAAAAUAUUGUUUUACAUCGUGGUACUCGCUGCGGUGGCCAAGGCGUCACCUCAAAGUUCAGACGAUUUAACUUUAGAAGACAUAACGGAGGUCAAUUUUUUCAACAAAAUUGGAAUGUUGGUUAGCAAAUACAAGCUUGAGUUAAAUAACCUUAGGGGAACCAUUUCAGGCAAAUUGUUGCAAAUUAGCAAAUUGUUAAAUUUGUAUAAUCCAAAAUGUCCACCGUGCAGUUGUGGGGCGUUGGGUUCCGAUUUAAAAAUAAUCGACGGGAAAGAAGUGAAUUACGCUCAUAAAUAUCCUUGGAUGGCUUCAGUAUUACAGAACGAUGAAUUUCAUUGUGGUGCUUCGUUAAUCAACGACAAAUACGUAUUAACAGCCGGUCAUUGUGUAGAAACUUUAAAAGCGAGUGAUUACAAAGUACGACUUUCUGUACACGAUCGUAAUACAGACAUCUCUGAGGAAUACAAUGCGAAGAGAAUAAUAAGACAUGAACGUUAUACCAAGUACGGAGGAGCACCGUCACACGACAUAGCCUUAAUUCGACUGGACACUGAUGGUGUGAAAAUAAAUAACGAUGUUCAUCCGGUUUGCAUGCCGGAAAAAGGACUUAGUUAUGCUAACGCGGUAGGCACUAUCACUGGAUGGGGAAAGACUCAUAGACAUUAUUUGGAUCCAACGGACGUCCUUCGUGAAGCUCAACUUUAUGUGUUGAGCAACAGCGAGUGUGAACCAUCUUUUUACGGUUUGAUCACCCCAAACAUGGUGUGCGCAGGACUGAUCGACGAGGGUACCACAUGCAAUAUGGACAGUGGCGGGCCUCUGACGGUUGUUAACGGUUCAGUUCAUCAUCUUAUUGGUAUCACCUCUUUUGGUAUGUCAGGGUGCCGACCACCUCCGGCAGUCUACACUAGAGUUUCAGAGUACUUGGAUUGGAUAAAGGCAAACACAGAGGACGCUUGUCCGUGUCGCGAUAAUUAUGCGGAGAAGAUGCUGUAAUAUCAAUUGUACAUGUUGAAAAAUAUAAUUGUUAGUGGGAAUUUAUUGAAGUGACAACUGUUGUAAAAAAUAAACAUUUAGAAAAAAAAAUUAACUAUUGUCAUUAAAAGCGGAUUCAAAUAAUAAUUUAA